AUGGAUGUGCUCAAUGGCAAGCUUAUUGUCGCCAUUAAUAGCUCUGUCCGUUUGUUUGAGUGGACUGCAGAGAAGGAGUUGCGACUGGAGUGCUCUCACUUCAACUAUAUCACUGCUCUGUUCAUCAAAGUGAAGGGUGACCAAGUGUUGGUGGGUGAUCUUAUGCGUUCUAUGACCAUAUUGAAUUACAAAGCAGUGGAAAGCACGUUUGAAGAAGUGGCAAAGGAUUAUCGUGGAAUGUGGAUGACUGCCGUGGAAUUCAUAGAUGCUGAAACGGCGCUCGGUGCUGAAGCAAGCCAUAAUCUGUUCACGUGUGAAAUAGAUAGGGGUGCAGAUAAUGCUGAUGAGAAGCGUAGGCUAGCAGAAGCCGGUAUGUUCUAUCUGGGAGAGAUGGUUAAUGUUUUCCAACGAGGAUCGCUUGUUUCAAGUCAUGUGGACAAUCCGCUUCCCAUAGAAAAGCCCAUCCUUUAUGGCACUGUUGAUGGCACCAUUGGACUUAUAGUACAAUUGCCGGAGAAAUAUUUCAGGUUCUUCUCUGAUGUAGAAAAGGGCGUGGCUAAGGAGACCGACAAUUGUAUGCGAAUAGAACAUGCAGUGUAUCGUCAGUUUGCUAGUGAGAAACUUGUAGAUAAGGCAGUAGGAUUUAUCGAUGGUGACUUAGUGGAGUCGUUACUGGACAUGCCUCGAGAGACAGCUGCAGCAGCACUGGCUGGUAUAGAGCGACCAGAUGGUGAAACUGAGGGCUCAUCUUCGCCAGAAGAGCUGAUCAAGUUCAUCGAAGACAUUUCUAGAAUUCAUUAG